GGCGUUUGCGACUUUUUGUAAAUACUAGGAUUGUUGUAGUGUCGGCAUUUUCGCAUUCGCAAUGGACGCAGAGGCAAGGCGGAAGGCCCGCCGAGAGGAGCUGGACCGCCUUCUUGGCGUAUCUUCUUCAAAGCCAGAUAGGAACGAAUCCUCUGCUUUGGACACCACCGAGUUCGCGCAGCCACCUCCUGGUGCGUCGACCUCUCACACAAGCUCAAUCGACCUCCAGAGCAACGACUCAGAGUCAGUCCCGCCCGCGUCUGCACGGAGCCGCACGCGAAGCGCGCGCGCACGCGUCGACCUAGAUGAACUUUUUAAGCGGCGGGACAACGAUAAAAAGCAAAGAGCAGCGGCUGCACAAGAUCGGGAGCGCCCGCGCGUCUUGCGCAGUAGGCUGCUUGGAGAGGACCUCCAAAAUCAGAAGGCAAAAGGAGAAGCAGGGGAAAAUUCGCGCACAAACGCAAAUAGCAAUUUUGAAGGGGGAGAAGGACAGCGCCAGCGAUCGGAGAUUCGCACGACAAACAAUGGCGUCGACGCAAGCGGAUCGGUCAAUUCCAGUCUUGACUUUGAACCGCAGCCGCGGCCUGGAUCUACAAAUUCUGCUUCUUCAUCCACAAGUUCUACGUGGAUGCUGAGCCACGCGAACCCCGAAUCGAAGAAGCCAUCGACCGUCGAUCUCGAUUUUCUUAAACCCAGCAGCAGCAGCAGCAGCAAAGAACGGACACGGAGAAGAGAUGAAGAGCAAAGUGACAUGAUCAAAACAUCACAUACGGUGUCCUCGAAAAAUGAUUCCAAAACGAGUCCCAACGAGCACUUGAGUUCGAUGAUUGAGGAGGACAGUAUUCUGUCCGAGGAAAGCUCAACCAGGAACAAUGUGAAGCGCAGCAAAAACUACGCUACGGACCAAGAAUCGGAGCCACAGAUUUAUGUCGUCGAUAAUCAGGUAUUGGGCAGGGAACCUUCCCCGCGAGAGCAUACCGCCGAAGCGCUGCCGCCGCCACGAGUGCUGUUCUCCGCAAGUUCAGAAACUCCGAGUCUGCGACUGGAAAGCGCAGAAGUAGAGAAAAAAUUGCAGAAGACGUCGCUUGACGGCGCGACGAGGGAGGACCAGCUUCACGUCUCGAGUGAGGCUCCAACUGAAGUGGAAUCGUAUCACUUAGGGGCUCCGGCAGCUGUUCCGGCAGCAGUGUCUGGAGCAGUGCAAUCAAGGGAACCGACUCCAGAAGUUGGCGUUGUGUGCGAAGAUGGGGAAGAGGACGAGGAUCUCGUGAUUCCUGGACUAAGCCACCACCACAAAGCUGAACCAGCGCCGGAUCCAGCUGGCAAUUUAGCAUAUCCAUAUUUACCGGCAAAUACAGCACCCACUGCGGUUGAAGGAGUGCCAGCUGAACCUCCUAUGGCUAUGGCAGAACAUUACGAAAUAAAGUCUGCAGCCACGGCUCCUAGUCAACAUCUUCAAAUGACUGCAGCCCCUCCCACUGUCGCGCCGGCCACAUCUUCACAGCAGCAAAAUCCGUCCAUUUGCAUACAAGAGGCAGUAGACCACGGCACUGUAACAGACGAGCGAGCGAACCAGCUGGAGCAACAGCUCCGAGGCCUCGUGACAAAGUGCGAGCAGCAGCAGGAAAAGAUAAAAGUGCUCAAAGAGGGUUACCUGACCAAACAGAAGGAGGUGCAGCAGCUAGAAGCGCAGCGAGACGCGCUCUUUGCGGAAUCCGAAAGCAACCAGCGCCAGCACCACCGCAUGGAGGAGGAACUGACCGAGGCCAAGCGGCGGCUGCAGCAAGUACAGAAGAGGAGCAAGGAAGCAAGCAACGGCGCGCAUGGUCAACCGGGGAUGACGAAGAGUAGUUCGUCGUCCGGGGUUGCGUCGAAGUUGCUGGGUGGGAAUGCGUUGGAGUCUUUGCUUGGGUUUGGAUCGUCUUCUGGCAGUGCUAGUAACAACUCCUCGAGCG